UUGUGGUGUGAUCCAACUGCGUAUGUGUUUUAAAAAGACGAAGACUUUUUAUUCGAAACACUGAGUUUAAACGAGACACACAGACCGGUGGUGUUGCGAUUGUUGGAAGUAAUUUAUUGUGAUUUACUGUGUUUUUUUAUUUGGAUAUCGUUCGGAAAAUCGGUGGAUAUAUGCUAAGGUUCGUCACAGGUCGAAGAUUUUGAUAAACUGAUACAAUCCACCUUCACUUGAAUUUGAGCUCAUUGUGAACAUGUUCGUAAACUUGUCUGCCAAAAUUCCACUGAGGUUUAUAGUUUUUGGUAUAUUGUGCGUGGCCAGCAUGGUGUCCUUUAUCAGUCGUGGAAGUAUGUCGAUUGUAAUUCUGGCGAUGACAAAACCUCUCAACGCUUCGAUAGAACUACCAAAUUAUGGAAAACGGUAUGACUGGUCUGCGUAUGAACAGAGUUUAGUGAUUGGAUCAUAUUUUUGGGGAUACAUUUGGAUAACACUUUUGUCUGGCAUAUUUGCUGAAAAAUAUGGACCGAAGAAAAUUGCUGGCUAUAGUUUUGUCAUUGGAUCCGUAUUAUCUGCAUUGGUACCCAUGGUUGCAGAGUAUGUCUGGAUGGUAGUCAGUAUACGUUGUCUUAUUGGUCUCGCAAUGGGUGCGAUUUCACCGGCGCUACAAGCGGCAAUUUCAAAUUGGGCACCGCCAGAUGAACUGGGGAAAUUUCAGUCUGUUUACAUGGCCGGUGGAAUUGGUCUUGUAAUAGACUGGUGCAUGUCGGGAUUCAUAAUCAAACACUUGGGCUGGACGUAUUCAUUUUACAUCACCUCGGCACUGUUAGGAUUGUUCGCGAUUGUAUGGUUUUUAAUUAUGUAUGAUUCUCCCAGCGAUCAUCCGAAAAUAUCGACUGCGGAAAAGGAUUACAUUUUAAGUAGAUUGAACGCAACACCCACCAAAUCUAAGCCAUGGCCGCCUUUUAAAUCGAUUUUAUUAUCCGUACCGGUUUGGGCAUUGGUUUUCUUUCACUUUGGCAACAUAUAUCCGAUGUACGUUUUCAUAACAUCCGUUCCGAAGUAUUUUAGUGACGUUCAUCAAUUAAACAUAGCCACUGUAGGCAUAUUGAGCAGUAUUCCACAAUUAUUAAGAUUUCCUUUCUCUCUGUUAUUUGGAGCAUUUGGAGAUUAUGUGCUUAAAAAGGAGAUGAUGAGCAUAUUGAUGGCAAGAAAAUUAUUUUCGAUAAUAACUCAUUUUCUGCCCUCUGCAUUUUUAAUCGCUUUGCCAUUCUUUGCCGAUCAACCGUUUAUUUGUGUUGCACUUAUGACAAUAUCACUCGGUUUUAGUAGUGCCAUUUCCAUCACAUCCAUAGGGAAUACUUACGAUCUAUCGCCGAAUUUUGCAACAACUAUUUUUAGCUGGAUGCAGUCUAUUGGAUUAACGACAGGAUUUAUAGUGCCACUGGUUGUAACGCAUUUCACCAAAGAAAGGAGUUCCAACGAGGAGUGGGGCUAUGUAUUUGUUGUGAGCGCUGUCGUAUCGGUUAUUGGUGCUAUCAUAUUCAUUAUGUUUGGUAGUGGGGAAGUACAAAAGUGGAACAGUGUGGAAGUUAUAAAAGAAGCGCCGAUAGAUGUAAAAGAUGUGCCGAAAAUUGAAAUUUUUCGCAAAGUAGAAUCGUGAAAUUAUUACAACCAACUCUGAUUAAAAACAAGUUGUGAUAAGUAAAAAUAUUGAUAUUUAAGUGAUGCAAAUAUAUGCAUUGAGCUAUUAAAAUGAAACUA